GCUAUUUUCAUCUUCAUUUGCGAAGAAAAUCACCAUUUACUUGUGAGAAAUUUGAUGAGAUUUUAAUUUUACUAGCGGCCAUUCAAUCUUCUUUUCGACCUUACAGAGAAGAUGUUGCUGCUGCAGUUGCCAUAGGCUCAUAAACGGGAGGCACAGUCAUCGGAGAAAGAGAACCGGAGGAGAAGAAAGAUGUAGCUGGAACAACGUAAUCAAAGUCAUAUACCUGUGAACAAUUUACAAAAGGACUAUGUCGCGUUCAUGAUUAACCGCGAGGAUGGUUGAAGAUGAAGACAUUCAAGAGAUGGAUGAAUUAGCGAGUUCCAUGGAAAGCAAACUGCAAUGUUACUGGUCUGUUGGUGCAUCCAGUGUCUACGAAGUGAAUUCAUCGUUGAUCCAUCGAGUCCAACAACACAUCCAUGAGCUAGACCGGAACGCAUAUGAGCCAAUUAUUCUGUCGAUUGGUCCAUAUCACCAUGGAACUCCAUCCUUACAAGCUAUGGAGAAGGAAAAAUGGAAUUGCUUGGAUUACAUUCUUAAAUUGAACUGUGGCAAAGGUUUACAGGAUUACGUAAACGCAAUUGAGGGGCUAGAGAAACAAGCAAGAAACUGUUACUCAGAGGAGAUUAAUAUGGAUAGUGAGCGGUUUCUAAAGAUGCUCUUGCUUGAUGGAUGCUUCAUACUUGUGUCUCUCUGCGGAACUCAAGGAAUUGUAUGCCCCAGGGAGGAAUUAUCUGGGGAGGUGCAAACACAAAACCAAGAGAAUACUUACCAGUUUGGGCAAUGGUAUAUUACUUUCGUCAUACACGAUUUACUCCUGCUGGAAAAUCAAAUUCCGUUUUUCAUUGUUGAGAGAAUAUAUGAACUGGUUGCAGAUAAAGAUGCUGCGACUUCGUCACUUGCAGAAGAAAUUGCUGAAUUUGUGGAAGGCAUUUUGCGUUACUAUCCAAAAGCAAUCCAAGAAUCCAACAGGCCAAAGGAUUUCCACCAUUUGAUCCACUUGUGUCAUAUCUACUUUAAACCAAGUCAGAAGCAGGAGGAAGCAGAGCAUCAGUAUAAAGAAUGGGCUCAAUACUUCAAAAUUGGUCGUCAGCUGGAGCGAAGCGACGAAAACCUUUUGUCCAUUCAGAAACAAACUGGCCAAAGGCGUUGGCGCCGAGCGGUACAAUAUUAUGAAGCGGGAGUUGAGUUUAAGAAAAAGGAGCUUGAUACAUAUAAUCCCCAUUCGCUUUUGGAUAUAAAGUUUAGCAACGGCGUAAUGGAAAUCCCAUAUUUGUUUGUCGAGGAGAACACCGGAUGCCUUUUCAACAACUUAAUCGCUUUCGAGCAAACAUGUCCUGAAUUCGGGAACGACUUCACUAGUUAUAUUUUCUUCAUGUCUCAGCUUAUCAGCACGCCAGAUGAUGUUACGUUGCUCGCUCAGAGAGGAAUAAUCGUGCACCAACUGCGUAGAGAUGCCGAGGUUUCAUCUCUAUUCACGAAGCUCAAUAAAGAUGUUGUCUUUGAUUUCAACGGCAAGUACUACCUAAAAUCUAUGUUUUCGGUGCUGGAAGCGCACUAUCAGAGUCGUCUGAACCGGUGGGUGGCGUGGUUGCGGAACAAUCACUUCAGCAAUCCGUGGUUGGCCUUAGGAGUGCUGGCCGCGACUAUCGUGCUUUUUUGCACUCUAGUGCAAACGCUGAUCGCGGUCUUGUCCUACGUAAAGCCGCCAUGAUCCGCAUCAUCAGAACACAAAACCAACAGUUCAACUAUGCUGAUCAUUGGCUUUGUGUCAAAUGGUACAAAGUCGAGCAUUCGCGAAUCUUGAUGCUGCUCUUAUGUAAGUUUUUCGCCCUUUUGCAGAGCUAGCUAUUGUAGAUUUUUGCCUCUCAAUUGUUUAAUGAGGUACAAAUUAUGGAAAAUGCUAUCUGUAAACCUACUUACAGGUGUAAAUCUUACACCCCAUGCAUUCUAGGGUUCACAGAAUCCCAUGAACUUGUAGUAAUAAAUUUUUU